UAACACAAGGGACAAUGGCGGAUAGCGCAGAACAGUUCAACAAAAUUUUAUCAUCUUUAUUGUCCGCUGACAACAAUGUUAGGACACAAGCAGAGGAAGCAUACAAUGCUCUGCCGCUGGGCUCCAAGGUCGUCUGUCUGCUCAACGUGGUGCAGACUAUGGGUCAGGCGGAGGAGGAGCGCACCAUGGCCGCCGUCUUGCUGCGCAGACUCUUCACAGCCGAGUUCUCUGAGUUUUACGCCAGCUUGACCCCGGAAGGCCAGCAGCAGUUAAAGGAACGUCUGCUCCUGGCAGUACAGUCUGAACAACUGGACGCGAUCCGCCGCAAAAUUUGUGAUGUGGUGGCAGAGGUCGCCCGUAACUUGCUGGACGACGACGGCAACAACCUGUGGCCAGAGUUCCUCCAGUUCCUGUUCCAAUGUGCUAACGGACAGUCACCUCAGCUCAAGGAGGCUGCUCUGCGCAUGUUCACAUCAGUCCCUGGUGUUUUUGGCAAUCAUCAAACCAUGUACUUGAACCUGAUCAAGCAAAUGUUACAACAGUCAUUAGUGGAUACCUCGUCAUAUCAUGUCCGAUUCCAAGCUGUGAGAGCUGUGGCUGCCUUUGUUCUUUUGCACGAGAAAGAAACCGAUAUUCAAAACCAAUUCGUAGACCUCUUACCAGUGAUUAUCCAGGUCAUUGCAGAGAGUGUACAGCAGCAGGAUGAUGAUGCGUUGUUGAAGAGUCUCAUAGACAUGAGUGAGUCCACACCAAAGUUCCUCCGGCCUCAAGUGGUGCAGAUUCUCGACAUGUGCUUAAAGGUGUUUUCAAACGAGGAAAUUAUGGACUCGUGGCGUCACCUUGCCUUGGAGGUGAUUGUGACUCUCACAGAAACUGCUCCAGCAAUGAUGCGCAGGGAAGCACCCAAGUACCUGGCUGUGCUGGUACCGCUGAUCCUGAAGAUGAUGACUGACCUGGAGGACGAUGAUGACUGGAGUGUGAUGGACGAGAUAUCUGACGAAGACAACGACAGCAACAACGUGGUCGCGGAGUCUGCACUGGACAGACUCGCGUGUAGCCUCGGUGGCAAGACAGUAUUCCCUCACAUCGGUGAGAACAUUCCUAACAUGAUGAAACACCCUGACUGGAAGUUCAGACAUGCUGCCCUGAUGGCUAUAUCAGCUGUAGGGGAGGGGUGUCAGAAGUACAUGGCCGACCAUCUACCAACCAUUGUAGACGCUGUUCUGCACUUUAUCAGUGAUCCGCAUCCGAGAGUGAGAUACGCAGCUUGCAAUGCCAUCGGACAGAUGUCUACAGACUUUGCUCCCAACUUCCAAAAGAAAUUCCACAACCGAGUUGUGCCUGGACUACUCAACUUCCUGGAGGAUAAUGAAAACCCGAGGGUCCAAGCUCACGCAGGAGCCGCUUUAGUCAACUUCAGUGAAGAGUGUCCAAAAAAUAUCCUCACACAGUAUUUAAAUGCUAUAAUGGCCAAGCUCAACGACAUCCUGGGCAGCAAGUUUAUUGAGCUUGUCCAAAAGGGUACCAAGUUAGUUCUGGAGCAAGUGGUCACUACAAUUGCCUCAGUUGCUGAUUCUUGCGAGGAACAAUUUGUUGCUUACUAUGACACAUUGGUGCCGCGUUUGAAAUACAUAAUUAAAGAGUCUAACGGGCCAGAACUGAAACUGCUACGAGGGAAAACAAUAGAAUGCAUCAGUCUCAUUGGAUUGGCUGUAGGAUCUGAAAAGUUUAUGGCGGAUGCUGUAGAAGUGAUGGACCUUCUGCUAAAGACACACACAGAUCUUCCAGAUGACGACCCACAGACCUCCUAUCUUAUCUCAGCCUGGGCAAGAAUAUGCAAAGUCAUGGGCAAGCAGUUUGAGCAGUAUCUGCCGCUGGUGAUUGGGCCUGUGAUGAGAGCUGCAUCUAUGAAACCUGAGAUUGCUCUUCUGGACAAUGAUGACAUGGAGGAGAUUUCACAAGAUGUGGAGUGGCAGUUCAUAUCUCUGGGAGAACAGCAGAAUUUUGGCAUCAAGACUGCAGAUGAUGUCUAUGAGAGUUUGAAUAGAAAGUAUAACUAUUGUCUGGAAGACAAGGCUUCUGCUUGUGAGAUGCUUGUGUGUUAUGCCAGAGAGUUGAAGGAGGGUUUUGCUGAAUACGCUGAGGAAGUAGUUAGGUUGAUGGUGCCUCUGCUUAAGUUCUACUUCCACGACGGAGUGCGGACAGCCGCUGCUCAAAGUUUGCCGUGCUUGCUGGAAUGUGCACAGAUCAAAGGUCCCCAGUACCUGUUGCAGAUGUGGAACUACAUUUGUCCUGAACUGCUCAAAGCUAUCAGCACAGAGCCUGAGAGUGACGUGAUGUCAGAGCUUAUGUACUCCAUGGCAAAGUGUAUAGAGACCCUUGGCAGUGGAUGUCUGUCAGAAGCUCACAUGGCUGAACUCCUCCAGAUCCUAGACAAGCAGCUGAAAGAACACUUUGAAAGAGAAGUGGAGAGGUUGGAAAAGAGAAAGGAUGAAGAUUAUGACGAAGUAGUUGAAGAACAACUAGAAGACGACAUCAAUGAUGACAUCUACAUGUUAAGUAAAAUUGCCGAUAUUGUCCAUGCACUCUUCCUCGCCUACAAAACCGACUUCUUCCCCUUCUUGGAUCAAAUAGUCGGCCAUUUCGUAAAACUUUUGGAGCCUGACAGGCCGUGGUCCGACCACCAGUGGGGACUCUGUAUAUUCGACGACGUCAUUGAGAUGGGAGGUCCCGCUUGUGCCAAAUACCAGAACUUCUUCCUAGCUCCGAUGCUGCAGCAUGUCACCGACAAGUCCCCCGAGGUGCGGCAAGCAGCUGUUUAUGGCUGUGGGGUGCUGGGCAUGCACGGUGGUGACGGCUUCGCAGCAUCGUGUGCUGAAGUUUUACCAAGGCUUGUUGAAAUCAUCACUGCUCCUGACUCACGAGAGAUCGAAAACAUCAGUGCAACAGAAAACGCCAUUUCUGCAGUUACCAAAAUCCUACAACACAACAAUAAGAAUCUCAACGUUGACGAAAUUCUUCCCCAUUGGCUGUCAUGGCUUCCGGUUUCUGAAGACAAAGAAGAAGCUCCCCAUGUCUACGGCUACCUCUGUCAUCUGAUUGAGAACAACCACCCUGUAAUCCUGGGUCCCAGCAAUGCCAACCUGCCCAAGCUGAUUGCCAUCAUUGCCGAAGCCUUUAGCAGAGAAGCCAUCACGUCUGAUCAUGUCGUAGGCCAGAGGAUGCUUAACAUAGUUAGACAGAUACAGGGAAACAGUGAGAUGUUCCAAUACUGUGCCACACAGCUGACUCCCGAACAACAGCUUGCACUCAACGCAGCACUCAGCGGAUAGUUCGCUUAUAUCCACUAGACUUACUGUGAUGUAAAAUUUAAUCAAGCUUAACAUGUUUUGGUAUAUUAUUUUUCACUUGAAAUAAUUUACUCCAAUGUUGGUAAGCUUUUGAAAUGCUUGUAAAGCCAUUUCGUCUUUCUGUAUAUAUUUUAUGAUAACGUUUUUUACUCUAUUGACAAUUACAAUUUUGUUGUUUUAGUAAAAUUCAGUCACAGGUUUGAUAUAGGCACAUGUGAUUUGUGCCUUAUAAAGUUAUUAAGAAUGAAAUUAGGUUUACACACAAUAUGCCAAGGUGUAAAUUUAACCAGACAACGUUAUUUUUCCAUUAUAAGGUUUGAAAUUUGUUUUUGUUGAUGGUUUCAAAUGUUAUUUCAAUGGUAUUCCAAAUUGUUGUAAGAAAUUGGUGUUUCAAAAGUAAGGUUCAAUCAAUUAAAAAGUUAACGCCACUCAGCUUUUAUUGCAUGUGUUUUAAUAAUCAAUAUUUAUUAUGUGUAUUAUUUAUUUGAUCUUAUAGUCGAUAUUUAAAGAUACAUUCAAUGAAAUUACCAACAUAAUUUAGCUGUGGAGAGUUUUAUGUAAUGAGUAAUUUAUUCCUUGUUAAUAAACAUAAUGUUAACUCGUUGUUUUUAUACUGAUGUUUUUAUUUAAGAUUCAUUGUAUGUAAAAUGUAGAUUACAAAAUCUGCAGGCAAAAUCAAACAAUAAACUUAUCCAAACCAAUCCAAGAUUAGAUAAAUGUAAUAACUAAUAAGUUAAAUUAGUAGUUUAUUUUAGUGAAUUUUAAUACUAUCAAAAUGGAUAAAUUAAAUACCUUAAUCGACAAGUUUUAAAUCAUACGCUUUAAAAGUGUACCACUGUAUUUUGUUAUGAGUAUAAUCGGCUUGUUAUUCCUUAAAAUGUUUUCCUUCACAUAUUAGUAAGACCAUUUAAAAAUACUAUUUAGAAUAUCUUGGGAAGAAUUAAUAGAGAGAAUAUUUACUCCACUGCUGACUAAAUAAAGGAUUUCCUUUUUCUGAAUAGAUUGAUUAUAACUACCUCCAUUAACUGUCACUGUCAGACUAGACCAGGACAGGUAACUAAUAACUAUAUUUGUAGGCAAUUGAAAGCGAGCUGGUCUAGCAGUAGAGCUACCAAUCACCAAUAGAUUUUAUGUAAGUGGUAAUGCCGUGACCCUCUAGGCUUACACUGAAUUAAUGUGUGAAACGGUUCCAUGCUAGAGUCUACAUCCUAGAUGUGAAGGUGUGACGGUAAAAAUAACAAUUAGGCAAAUGAAUGCGAUGUUGAAUGUGUGCGGCGCACAGGGUCCUCAACUCUUAAGAGUUUGUAUUGUUAUAACUCUCCCACAAUUGUCAUAAAUUUAAGUGAGGAAUAAAAAAUGUAGAAAGUCUAAAAUUUUAUAUAGCUUAUGAUCCUGGAUAACAUAAAACAAUACAAUAUUAAUAUUUGUAUUUAUUGAAAUAACUAACAGAUAUUAAAAAUGUGACAUAUAAUGGAGGUGUCAUUGCCUUUAGUUGUGUUAGACUACUCUGAUAUGCUGUCGAGAUGUUAACAUUGGUUUUAUAAGAGACUGAUUAUAUUUUUCUGUAAACUGUUGUUAGUGCCCAGGUAGGAAUACAUUUACUCGAAACUUGUAUUUCACAUUAAAGUGGUGCGAUAUCCUA